AUGUUGGAUUCUUCUUCUGCUAUAUGUGGUUUGGAAGGGCAAGUCCGUGGCUUUCAUGACGGCUUCCCCACUUUCCCUGUCUAUGAAUUAUGGAAGAAACUUCAUGAGACCAAGCAGAAGGAACUCAUCCUUUCUCACUAUUACUUUGAGUUGCGCAGCCUGUGGCAGGAGUUGGAUUUGUAUGAUACUUUCCAGGCCUCUACCCCUGAAGAUGUGAUCAAGUUCAAGAAACGAGAAGAUAAAUUCAGGGUGUAUGAUUUUCUUGCUGGGCUUAAUGUGGAGUAUGAUCAGCUUCGUGCCCAAGUUCUUAGCAGGGACCCCUUCCCAACUCUGGAACAGGCUUAUUCCCUGAUUCAACUUGAGUACAGCCAUCACUCUGCUAUGCUACCCCCUUCUUCCCAAGAUAGAUCGGCUCUUCUGUCUGGUACUCCUGUGCAAUCCAAAGGUGGUUCUUCUCGCCCUAGUGAUUGUUCUGACAAGGAACCUAUUAAAUGUGAUUAUUGUGGGAAAGAAAGACACACCAAAGAAUUCUGUUGGAAGCUUCAUGGGCGCCCUACUACCACUUCUACCAAGGGCCGUGGUCAUGGGAAACCUUCAGCACAUCAUACCAAGGCCAUUGUAACCGAUCCUACUAUAGGUGCUGCUCCUUCCCCUCCUCCGGAUGAGCUUUCCAAGCUUCUGCACCAUUUAGUAACCAAGUUGGACUCCAUCGGCCUUGCCAGUUCCGCUUCUUCUUCCACCUUGGUACCUUCGGACUCUGCAACCCUAGGUAUUUCUUUUGCUGGUCUUUGUGCCUCUACCCUUUCCCAAUACUGGAUUCUUGACUCCGGUGCCUCGGACCACAUGACUGUUAAGGCAAAUUUUUUCUCUACAUAUUCCCCAUGUUCUGGUGAGGAUAAAGUUCGCAUUGCUGAUGGUUCCCUUUCCUCUAUUUUUGGGAAGGGUUCCAUCACAUGCUCUCCCACCUUGUCAUUAAAUUCUAUUUUACAUGAUCUGGUAACAGGGGAAACGAUUGGCUCUGGUAAAGCUGAUGGUGGUCUCAAUUUGCUUGAUGCAGCCCCUUCUUCUCUUCGCCAUUUUAAUGCCCAGAUUAAAAUUCUCCGAAGUGAUAACGGUAGGGAAUAUUAUGAUGGGGCAUUUCAAGCAUAUUUUGCUUCUCAAGGCAUUCUCCAUCAAACCAGUUGUGUAGACACACCUGCUCAGAAUGGGGUGGCUGAAUGCAAGAACUGCCACUUAUUGGAAGUAGCUCACGCCCUACUUUUUGAGAUGAAUGUCCCAUCCCAUUUUUGGAGUGAGGCUGUUUUGAUUGCUGCAUACUUAAUCAACCAAAUGCCUACUUGGGUUCUCCAAUUUCGCUCUCCUAUUCAGAAGGGCUUCCGCUGCUAUCAUCCACCUUCCCACCAUAUGUAUGAGACUAUGGAUGUUGUUUUCAAUGAAGAUGUUCCUUAUUAUGCUGUGGCAUCUUGUCAAGGGGGUGAUUUAGUUAGUGCCGAUAUGCCUCAUAUGCCUGAUAUGCCUCUGCCUUCUCUUCUCAUGCCUUCAGUUCAGGGGGAGUGUCCCAUUCCCAUUCAAAGGGAAACUCAACCUGUUGUUGUUCCACCCAUUGUUCAAACCUACACUCGUCAAGGUACUCGUGGGAUGCAAAUAGAGACCACUACAACUGCUCCAGAUCCACCGGCUCCUCCUAUAUUGGAUCCAUCACCAUCUCCCAUUAUUUCAGAUCCCUCUUUAGAUUUUCCCAUUGCUGUCCGUAAGGGGAAGGCUCUUCAAGAUCUAAAGUGGAAGGCAGCUAUGAUGGAGGAAAUGCAUACUCUUGAGAAAAAGGACACCUGGGACUUAGUAGUUCUUCCUUCCCAGAAAAAAACAGUCAGUUGCAAGUGGGUGUUUGCUGUCAAACAGAUUUCAGAUGGUACUGUGGAUAGAUACAAAGCCAGAUUGUUAGAUGUGAAGAAUGCUUUUCUCCAUGGGGAGUUGGAGGAAGAAGUAUAUCUGGAUAUCCCUUUUGGUUUUGCCACUCAGGAGACUCAUGGGAAGGUGGGCAAGCUAAAACUUGCCUUGUAUGGUUUAAAAUAG